CCUCCAUGCCAGAGCCCCUCUACUCCUCUCAGUCUCGCCCUGCGCACCUCUGUGUCUCUGCGCGGAUCGGACCGGCGCCACGUUAUGGACUCGGACGGAACCCAGAGCGGCUCGGACUCCCCGCACGACCCCUGCAAAAUGUUCAUCGGCGGGCUGAGCUGGCAAACCACCCAAGAGGGUCUGAAGGACUAUUUCUGCAAGUUCGGUGAGGUGAAGGAGAGCAUGGUGAUGCGAGAUCCGGUUACGAAGCGCUCCAGGGGCUUCGGGUUCGUCACGUUCGCCGACCAGGCCGGUGUGGAUAAAGUUCUGGCUCAGACUCGUCAUGAGCUCGACUCCAAAACAAUCGACCCCAAAGUGGCGUUCCCUCGCCGAGCUCAGCCCAAGCUGGUGACCAGGACGAAGAAGAUCUUCGUAGGAGGAUUAUCAGUCAACACCACCAUCGAGGACGUCAAGCAGUACUUCGACCAGUUUGGGAAGGUGGAUGAUGCCAUGCUUAUGUUUGAUAAAACCACCAACAGACACCGAGGUUUCGGCUUCGUGACGUUCGAGAACGAGGACGUGGUGGAGAAAGUGUGUGAGAUCCACUUCCACGAGAUCAAUAAUAAGAUGGUGGAGUGUAAGAAGGCCCAGCCCAAGGAAGUGAUGUCCCCGGCGGGGUCGUCCAGGGGCCGAGCCAGAGUCAUGCCCUACGGAAUGGACGCCUUCAUGCUGGGAAUUGGCAUGCUGGGUAAUUUUACAUGUUACCCAGGGUUCCAGGCAGCGACGUACACCGGGCGCAGUUACGCCUCUCUCACCCCCGGAUACACCUACCAGUUUCCAGAAUUCCACUUAGAGAGGACCCCCCUCCUGACCUCACCCCACCCCCCCGAACUUACAGCGAUUCCUCUGACGUACAACCCCAUGGCAGCGGCGGCGGCGGCGGCAGCCGUGGUUAGAGGCUCGGCUCCGUCUCGUUCGGCCGGGUUUCUGAGCACGAGCAGUCCCGGACCGAUGGCCGACCUGUACAGCGCAGCCAGUCAGGAGUCGGCGGUGAGCAGUUACAUCAGUGCCGCGAGCCCCGCCCCCAGCACCGGGUUCAGCCACAGCCUCGGGGGUCCUCUGAUUGCUACAGCGUUCACCAACGGCUACCACUGAACCUAAAACUGGAUGGACGAACAAAUCCGGCGCUUCCACAAUGAAGAACAACACUAGUGUUUCCUACGUUUCUCUUACAUCACUUCCUGUACUAACACUGUCUCGGUCUCACUUUUAGCGGAAGGACGUGUAAAUAUUUUGAUUACGUUACGGUACGAAGGAUAAAAAAAACGAAACUACAAGGCUGUACGAUUUUCUCUGAUGUUUACUUUUGUUCCGUGUUUUUCGCGACACUGUAGGUUUGCGAUCGUAGCGUGAUAUUUUCGUGAUAUGUCGACACUUUGACUGGAGCAAUAACGCGUGCGGGCGUGUGCCGAGGGGCUGUUUUUACAUCGCGAUAAUCACCUGAUACAUCAAAAUUCUUCACAUUUUUAGGGCAAUAUUAAAAAAAACAGGUUCGUUUUAAUUGAUGUCAGUAAUAAAAAGAAGGCGACUAAUUAAAAGUCAUGAAUACGGGCUGUACUGCAGGAGCUAAAACAUAUAAUAGUCAUAAACAGGUUAUGACGUCACAAUAUUGUCACGCUGGGCACUUGGGUGGUGCAGCAGUAAAGUACACGAGCCCACCAGUGCUGACAUUGCUGAGAAAGGGCGGCAUAACUGCUGCAGUUACGACCUCUGCUGGCUGAUCGAGGUACUGCACACAGACGGGGGAUAAUGAGGAUCAGUGCGUGACUCUCAGUGCACGAUACGGAUCUCCAUAAGAACCCGCGUGUUACUCCACAUGUGUCAAUAGAGUCGUGUGUUAGUCACGUCAUGAGUGGAGGUCUGUAGUAUAUUAGAGGUGAAAUAUGAUUAGGGAAUUGGAUACGACUAGAUUGGGAGGAAAAUCAAGGGGAAAUGCACAAUAAAGAAUUAAUAAUAAUGUUUUAAAAUGUUUUAUACAAGCAGUUCAGCCAAAAAUACUCAAAUGUCUUUCCGUACAUCAUUCCGUUCAAUGCCUUCGAAACAUUCCAGUUCAUACAACAUUCCCAGUACGACAGCUUUAACGGAGACCAUUAAGAUAGUAUCGUAGGUAUUUGGGGAAGCUUCAAUAAACAUUAAUUAAUUUUGUAUUCAGCUCACAGAGGCAGUUGUAGCCUAGCGGUUAAGGUACUGGUCCAGUUAGCAGAAGGUUGCCGAUUCAUGCCUCACCACUGCCAGGCUGCCACUGUUGGGCCCUUGAGCAAGGCCCUUAACGCUCAAAUGCUUAGAUUCUACACUGUCACAACUGUAACUGUAAAUAAACUUGAAGCAAUGAGAUGUUUUACAGGCUUAAAGUAUCUAGAAAAUGACAACAUUCCAGUUGCUAAACCUGUUAAGUUUUCUUUAUAGAAUCUUUUAUAAGCAAAGGAAGUUAAAACUAUCAAGUGUUUAUAGAACAAAAGCUCAUUAAAAAUCAAAAAUCAUUAGCUGGGAAUAUUGUUACCUUAUUAUUGUUAAGGGUCAUGAAAUUUUCUCCCCAUUUUCCUCCUGAUUUAGCGACUCAAUUCGUCUUCCGCUGCUGAGGGAUACCCGAUUGCAUCCGAGGAGAGCACGUCACGUCGUCCUCUUCUGACAUGUGUACAGCCCUCCUCCUCCGCCAAUCAGGGUCCUUACACAGCGUAUGCAGAUCCCACCCGUCCAAACAUAUAGUCUGGCCCCCACCAAUUAGUAUCUGCUGCAGGCACUGCCAAUUAUGCCCGCAGUUUGUUGCGGUAACGUUGCUGUAACGUUUCUAUAUGUAACAUUGCUGUAAUCGUUCCUGCAACGCCGCGGUAACGUUGCGGUAAUGUGCACCGUUGAUCUCGUACACUAAACCAUCUCUUUACUGUCGAUUAAUCUGAAAUGUGUGUUGAUUUACAUUGUUGACUGUUAACCUGAAUCACUGAACGCGGCAUUACGGCUUCACUUUAUCAUCGUUAAGACGACGAGCGAUUCGGGUUCAAUAACUCCACGAGUCUUUCAUCACGUCUCCUGUUCAAUUUCACUGUCUAAAAUACGACCAACACAUAUUGGUACUGAUUUGUAAUAUAACCCAACAAACAGAAAACUGUAAGAAGUGUUUGGAAAAAUCCCCGUAACGUAGGUCAGACUCCUGUGCAGGUCAACGCAAUGUCUAACACAUCUGCAAUUAAUACAUUUUGGCUUAAAACGUAAUAAGAACAAAAAGGAGUUUACUCUGGUGAAUGAUAUUAAACUAUAGAUCAUAAAAUCCCUUUGUUAGCCUGCAGCUGCUCUCUGGGAAAAUCAAACCCGGCGAUUAUGGUGAUGUAUCUGCGGCUCCUCAGCACGCGUCCGUUCCUGAACACUGUUCGAUGUCUUUUUCAAAAGCGUACAAUAACUUUUCAGAUGCUGAUUUUUCUAAGAAAAUAUAUUGUUUGGAAGGUAUGUCAAAAAUGUAUAUUUUUGGUAGUUUUGCGACUGGAUUUAUGACAUUUGAUCGCGAUCAGAUGAACUGAGGACAUAUUUUUUCAUGGAAUUUGACCUUUUUUAGUGUCUUGUAAAGGAUUUGAAAACGAUUCUUGGAUCUUGUUGAGAUCAAACGAUUCGCUGUGGAAAACAUCUGUGAUGUGCGACCUGUGUGAGUCUGAACACGCAAAAAAGAAAUUGUACUGAACACACACUUUUACUCGAAAUGUAAUAUUUUUACUUUUUUUUAAACUUGAAUGUGUUUUUUUUUUGGUACAUGUAUGUCAGGCUACUAAUAAUGCUGCAAGUGUGUGUGUGCUAUCGGAGCUGUAAUGCUCUAUUGUAUUCCCUGUAUGAAAGGAUUUAAAAUGUGAAUUUAAAAACUCUUGUUCUAAUAUUCACAUUGCUGUAACAAUGCUGUAACACUGCAGUAACAUCUCUGUAACACUGCAGUAACAUCAGUGUGACACUGCAGUAACAUCUCUGUAACACUGCAGUAACAUCAGUGUAACACUGCAGUAGCAUCGCAGUGACAUUGAUGUAACACUGCAGUAACCUUAAUGUAACACUGCAGUAACAUCAGUGUAACACUGCAGUAACAUUAAUGUAACACUGCAGUAACAUUAA